AAGCCCUUAACUCACUAUAAGGACGUCUAAAGAUCUUUGUUGAAGUUUAUUCCGCAAUGACAGGACGCACCGAAGUCCCGGCAUGGGGAGCUCGCUCUUCCUCGAUCCCAGGCCCAAGUACGGAGUUGGACAAACUUCUGACAGCUGCUACUGACUCAACUCGUCCCCAUGCGAGCACCUACAACGCCGAGACGAUGGUGGACGAGCUGCUAACGAGCACGUGGGAGCCAAUAGACCCAACUUUUGACACAAGGAGCAGUCUCGCCUCCUUCACCCAGCAAACCUCAUCUUUGAACGCCCUUCAGAGUGUAUUGGCUGAGUCUAUUGAUCGUCUGGUACAGCACUGCAAAGUUGUGUCCAACCGUAUUGCAGAGCUGGAACAGGACAGUCGACGAGUGAGCAGCAAGUUCCAGGACGGACUGGUGAAGCCGGAUAUGCUGCUCAACGAUAUAUGUGCUCAGAUGGAAGACUUGGAGGAGAGGUUUACUAAAGUGAGUUCGUCCGCUGUGAUGAUUGGAGAUAAACUGUCGAGUCUGGACAUUGAACGAUCAAGAGUCUUAGAGACGGACGAGUUGAUGGAGGCGUUGCUGGCUCUGAACGACCCCAGUAGCAAGCUGACCAAGUCAAGUAACAGACUUUUCAAUACUCUCCAUGAUCCGAACCAGCUGCAUGAAGCUUCGCGGAUUAUCAAGAAGAUGAGUGAGUUCUCGACCGAGUUGUCGUCGCCGACGAUUGCAUUUGCAGUGACGGAAAUCGAACGAUUGAGUCAGACGACGGAGAAUAAUUUACUGACGGAGUUCAGUAACGAACAGGAGAAAGGCAACUUGAUGGGAAUGCGCAGAUGUGCCGAGUCAUUGAUUGAGUACAACGACAAGGAGAAGGUGGCGGAUCGAUAUGUAUGGAACGUCAUGUGUGACCGACUUGCCAAGACUUCUGGGGCACCUGUUGUGGCGUCACUUGAUCCCAUUGAGGAUCUGGAUGCACUGUAUACAAAAAUUCUGGGUAUUUGUACGGACCAGUUUCCAGUUAUUGACAGUGUCUUCCCUUCCAUUGCCUGUGACUCCAUCCGUGAGCUGCUGGUAGAGCGUUUGUUCAAUGACCCAGCGUUUGGCAUUUUAUCCUUCUUAGACCAAUUUCUCAAGACGCGGCGAUACACUGAAUCGUCGAGCCCCGUUGCUACUGACGCAGAAGGUCUACCAUCAUCGCCUAACCGAGACUACGUCAAGCUAUUAUGUUCAGCGUACGAGAGAACGUGUGCAAUGGUGGCAGAGAUUGAAGCUAUCGACCGUGCAAACCAGCCCAAAUCUUACAAGCAAACUGCUGAUUCAAACCAAGAUCCAAGUAGCGACGAUGAUCAAUUGGAAGAAACUUCUACUGUCGUUAUGAACGAGAGAAUCCAUACCUUUCUCGAUCUCCAGCUCCAUUCUCUGUUCGGUAACCAUCGGGAAAAGUAUUUACAAACAGAGCUGGAUUUAUUACAAGACCGAUUCAAGGACAUUUUGUCGGUAGUGAAGUAUCCCCAGCCACCCGUACCUUCCAAGGGAAAAGGAGGCGCUUCCAAAAGCAAAAGCUCAGCUACAGCGACUGCAAACAUAUCCACACCGUCUCCGUCGGCUUCCACCACUCAACUGGUGUCUUCAGCCUCAACCACAUCGAUAUCAUCGUCCAAUCUUGAAAAAGAUGGCUGUAUCGCCCAGUUGGAGGCAUCGUUAGUAUUUUUCGAGAGUCUUCGAGGCCUUGCGGAAGAUGAAGGCGUACCCGCCAGGUAUGGAGAAGUGAUGGACGAGGCAAUUGAUCGUUGCGACAUUGUGUUGAAGGGGUCUGAGCUACGUGGAGAACUCAUAACCAAGGUUUUUACGUCCUUCGUGGCAUCAUUUGGAGACGAAUAUUUGGGGAAACUCAUGACAUUAUCUAAGGGGGUUUUGCAAGAGCAGCGGCUGACACCAGAGUCUCCACUGCAGUUUUUCAUCGUCACCGAGGCUUUACUCAAGCGAAUUAACUUCCUGGAUGAGCAAUUUGACUCAUUCAUUUCGCCAUUGCAAGAGUCUCUACCUACCGAACUCACGUACAUCGACUCAUUUAUUACUACGUUGUAGCAAAUACUACCACUGAUUUCAUUUUUUUUUUUUUAGAAUCUGCCAAGAAAGCAAACAAAAGUGCCUCAACAAGCUUGAGAGCCUUAUUGCAGCCGGUCUUCAGCAAGUGUUGACUGUGAUUGAAAAGGCAAUUAGCCAGAUCCUGACCGCGCACCAGGGCAAAGGUGACUUCCUCGGCAGCCAAGCCAGCAUGUCGCUCUCGUCCUCCAAGGCGUGUCAGAAGUGCACGGAGUAUUUGCAGCCACUCGUAACUCUAAUCUGCCGAGUCCUGAUCGAAGAGAACUGCGAUCGUUUCCUUGUUGCACUUGCGAGAUCAUUCAAAGAUUUGUAUCUGCAGCAUCUGAGGAAAUUCCGCUUUGAUCCUGAUGGUGCCUGUAUGCUACUUCGCGACGUAAGCGAAUACCGCCAAGCCUUCUGCUCCCCUUCAACGCCAGCAGCAGUGGACGACAUCUUCGAUCUCUUACAUGAAGUUGCAAAUGUGUUUGCACUCCCACCCGAGAAUCUGGGCGGAUUCGUUCGAGAAGGAAAGUUGGCCACACUAAACAAACAGACUCUGCACCAUAUCGUCAAGCGGCGUUGGGACUACAAAACGAACGCAGACAAAUUGACGGCGUCUUUGAAAGACGCAAAGGAGGCGAAGGACGAGAAAUCGACCUAAUCAAGGCCGAAUAUCUGCAAUAUUUGAAAGUUUUCUUUUUAACGUGAAGCUCUAUUUCCACGUCGGGUCUUGUGUCAUUUCACGAUGAAAAAGCUCUAAUUCUUGGCACUGCGUCUGCAAGAAUUGCACUGUGUGAGCGUGACGAAGCUGUCGUUUCUUCUCUUCCUCGCUGUGUUGUUUCUCCAAGAACUGUAGGCAUCAUGACAUUGUAAGAACAAUUCCACGAUUGAGAGAUUACUUUCAUCGUACCAUAA